ACUCUGGACUCAAACCCCUGUCACUGCCACGGCUGGCAGAGUAGCUGAAGACUAGCUAGCUAGAAUGGCAAUGUUAGUUAUCACUUGACUUGCCAGAGACCAGCACACACUCUCAAAAAACAACUCUGGGCAGUCAUAGUAAGUCAGUAGUUACAUUUUCAGGAUUUUAAAACGGAAUAAAGACGGUAACUGGAGCAACGACACUAACUAGCUGGAAGAAGGGACGACUUCGUCGGCUGUGGACGAAAUGGCAGGCGGAGCUACAGGCAGUGAGACCCAGUCUCUGGCUGCGUCCGGACCCUGACUUGAAGGACCUUUGCUUGGCCAGAAUGUGCCAGCAGGAGUGGCCUCAGUGGUCCGUGUGAAGAGGAAGUUGAAGCAGGAGAGGAUGGGUGUCAAUGCCUCCAGCUAUCCUCAUUCAUGCUCUCCUCGUUUUGGGGGCAAUUCACAGUCUCAGCAGAUUUUCAUAGGGACGUCAUCCUACAGCCCACAGGGCUAUGGCGGCGAGGGAAAGCUGUACAGCCUGGAGCCGGGCUCGGACAAGCCCCAGGACAAGAAGAAGAAGAGCUCAGGCCUGGCCACACUCAAGAGGCGCUUUAUUAAGCGACGCAAGUCCAGUCGCUCCGCCGACCAUGCCCGCCAGAUGCGCGAGCUCCUGUCGGGCUGGGACGUGCGCGAUGCCAACGCCCUGGUCGAGGAGUACGAGGGCACCGCCGCCCUGAAGGAGCUGAGUCUCCAGGCUGGGCUGGCACGGGCCGAAGCCCGGACCUUGCAGCGAGAUCUGGCGUCGCUGUACCAGCACAAGUACUGCACCGAUGUCGACUUGAUCUUUCAGGAUUCUUGUUUCCCCGCGCACCGUGCCGUGUUAGCGGCCCGGUGCCCUUUCUUCAAGACUCUGCUGUCGUCCUCGCCAGGCUACGGGGCUGAGGUACUCCUGGAUGUGGGGACGGCGGGCAUGGACGCGUCCAUGUUUUCGGCGCUCCUGCACUACCUGUACACAGGCGAGCUGGGCCCGGAGGUGGACGCGCGUCUUCGCAACAUGGACGUGUUGGUGCGCCUAAGUGAAGAGUUUGGCACGCCCAACUCGCUGGAGGAGGACAUGAGGGGUCUCUGCGAACACAUGUGUUACUACGACUCGCUGCUCAGCUUCUCCUCCGACUCGGAGCUGGUUGAAACCUACGGCGCCGUGCCCAUUGUGGGGGGCCGUGCGGGAUUAGGGAGUGGAGGUGGAGUGGUCACUCCGGGCUCCGCGGACGAGGAACUCCGUGCUCACAAGGCUGUUCUCUCGGCCCGCUCGCCUUUCUUCCGGAACUUGCUUCAGCGGCGCAUUCGGGCCGGCGAGGAGAUCACGGAGCGAGCCCUGCACACGCCCACGCGCAUCAUCCUGGACGAGUCCAUCAUUCCGAAGAAGUACGCGCGCGUCAUCCUGCACUGCAUGUACACGGACGUGGUGGAGCUGGGGCUGGUGCUGAGGGGAAGCCCCUCCGCGGGGAGCCUGGGGGAGGUGCAGGCCCUGGUGGCCGGGGCCAGGGGCAGCGGGACUCGGGCCGAGGAGGCCAUGGAACUCUACCACAUCGCCCUUUUCCUGGAGUUCAGCAUGCUUGCCCAAGGCUGUGAGGACAUCGUGGUGGAAAGCAUCUCUCUGGACACGGUGGUGGCCAUCUUGAAGUGGAGCUCGCAGCCCUACGGCUCCAAGUGGGUCCACCGGCAGGCCAUGCACUUCCUGUGCGAGGACUUCAGCCAGGUCAUGGUGUCAGACGUGCUGUAUGAGCUCAGCAAGGAGCCCCUCCUGGCCGCCAUACAGUCCGACUACCUGCAGGCCAGCGAGCAGGACAUCCUGAAGUACGUGGUCAAGUGGGGCGAGCACCAGCUCAUUAAGAGGAUGGCAGACCGAGAGCCCAACCUUCUGAGCGGCACGGCUCACAGCGUCAACAAGAGGGGUGUGAAGAGGAGGGACUUGGACCUGGAAGAGCUGAAGGACAUCCUGUCUCCACUGCUGCCUCACGUCCGCAUCGAGCACAUCCUGCCCCCCAGCAGCGAGGUCCUCUCAGACACGAUGAAGAGGGGUCUGAUCAGCACCCCUCCCUCCGACAUGCUCCCCACGGCCGAGGGGGGCAAGGGCAACGCCUGGCUCCGGCAGAAGAGCGCCGGCAUCUACGUGCGCCCCCGCCUCUUCUCGCCCUACGUGGAGGAGGCCAAGUCGGUGCUGGAUGAGAUUAUGGUGGAGCAGACCGACCUGGUGCGCCUGCGCAUGGUGCGCAUGUCCAACGUCCCCGACACCCUCUACAUGGUCAACAACGCCGUGCCCCAGUGCUGUCACAUGAUCAACCACCAACAAAUGGCUGGCAGCCAGUCGGCCCCGCCCUCCGUGGUGGCCAAUGAGAUCCCAGUGCCCAGGCUGGCGGUGGUGAAGGAGAUGAUCCGGAGGCUGCAGGACCUGCGCCACACAGACCAGGUGCAGCGGGCGUACGCCCUCAACUGCGGCGAGGGCGCCACCGUGAGCUACGAGCUGCAGAUCCGCGUGCUGCGGGAGUUUGGCCUGCCCGACGCCGCCGCUGAGCUGCUGCAGAACCCUCACAAGUUCUUCCCCGAGGAGCGCUUCGGAGACGAGAGCCCCAUCCUGGCCCUGCGCCAGUCGGGUCGCUGCCGGGUCAACAGCAGCCCGGCGGUGGAGAGCAUGUUCACCGACCUGGAGGCGAUGGCUGCCUUCCACCCUCCCCUCCCGCCUCCACCUCCACCCUACCACCCCCCGGCCACGCCCAGCCACGCCCAGCUGAAGGCAGGCUGGCGGCCACGCAUCCCCACCCAGCCCCCGUCGCGCUCCUUCUCCUACCCCUGCAACCACAGCCUCCUCCACCGCCAGCCCUCCGCCUCCUCCAAGCACGGCAGCCCCGCCUACCUGCCCCCCGGGGUGAAGGUCCUGCCGCCGGACUGUACCAACCCCCAGGGCGGGGGGGGGCGUGCGCCGCACCUGGACAAACAAGGGAACAUGGAACCUGUCAUCAACGAGUUCAUGCCAGACAUCGCCAUGGGGGUGUCGGCCAUGACCCUGAAGGAGCGCCGUCCACCGGAGGUCAGCAUGGACGUGGAGCCUCACGAGCCCCACCCCGCCCACCUGUCCUCCGCCCCGGCCCCGGCCGCGCCCCACUGCCACGCGGCCCGCCACCCUCACGCCUCCCGCAAGCGCCACGCCGCCGAGCCCAAGCCCGAGGUCCAGCCGGAGUACCCCGACCUGUACGAGUUCUCCGGCCGCCACGCCGGCUCCUACCCCGGCCCCGACCUCUACAGCCACAGCCGGGCGCCCCCCGGCGGUUCCGGCCCCCCGCCGUCCUACCCCUCGGACCCCCAGCAGCACCCCUGCCGGCCGGCCGCCCCCGCUGGGGACCUCCGCCUGGACGUCCUGGAGCAGCCCCCCCAGAGGCUGGACUUGGCUCUGGCCACGCAGGGAGGAGGGGCGCAGGCCGGGGCGGCCGGCCACGGGCCGAGGGGGCGCCCCGGGACGGAGACGGACCUGACCUGUGGACUGGGGCCCUCCCGGCACGUGGAGGCGUACGAGGAGUGGGCCCCGGCACGCCGGGCCGGAGCAGAGACCAAGGGUGGCGAAGACUCGAUGGGGACCAGAGACCGCAGGUCGCCCAGCAAACCAGACUACCCUUACAGGAAGUCUGCACUCUGACCUUUGGCCUUGACCCCCCCCGCCCCCCCACUCCCCCCCCCCCCCCUCCCACCACAAGUCUGAGAUGAGCUAGAAGCAUAAACAGACUGGUAUACAGACAAACCAUCCAGACAAACUAAAGACAACUGCCUCCGGUGAUGGGCAGUGUAGUCUUGGGUGGUGGUGAGGCGUUCACUCUCAUGCACAGUUCAGGGGAACGGCUCCGAACACGUCGGGGGGGGGGGGGGGGGGGUCAAGCCCCUUCCACGGGAGGUCAGUGUGCUGCGCCAGCGAGGUGCAGCCAGUCACAGUGCCUUCAGCAUCAGCCCCACAGCCCCAGACACAGCAGGGGGGGAAGGCUUUGGUUUGGUUGCUCUGUCUCCUCUCCCCUCCCCCCUCCUUGGCCUUGCCAGACUCCCCAUCUCUCCCCAAUUUGCUUGACGAUGAAGCAGCUGUUCUCCAAUCACCUUCCAUUCCCCCUGUGCUGGUUUACGUUAGAAAAGAAAUAGAAAAUCACCCCCCCCACCCACACACACACAAACGUUGUUUUCUUCCCUUCUCCUGGUUUUGCAGUAAUAGCCCUUGUAAUACUCUGCAGUCACAAGCUGUAUGUCAGUAUGGGCAAUUUAAGAAAAUUGUUAAUCUUCCCACUGGGCACAGUACCGGUCAGGCUGCGGUCCAGGAAUACUAAUUAGAUGGAAGCAUUAUUAGAGGAAACAAUGAAGGCUCUGCUUUUUCUUUUUUUUUGGGGGGGGGGGGAGCCUGAAGUUUCUCAGCCUUUCGCCUCCACUCCAAACUGCUCCAGGCUCUUUGGAGGGGGGCUUUGUCUGUCAAAAGGGGUCAAGAUGGUACGGUUUGGGUUUUCUCCUUACACGGUUGGCAUUUGAAACCAGUCUGCUCGUAUUUCACCAUUCGUGAAUUAAGUGCGUGAUCAUACAUGCAUUCACCCCCCCCCACCCUGUUCUUGUGUGUCCUAGUAGCUCUAACUAAUCCUUACAUUGGAUCUCGCUGAAUGUCCACGUCGGAGCGGAACAUUUCAGACGUCCUCUGGUGGAUUUCAGUAUUUCUUGGCGAGCUUUGGUCGCCGGUUACGUCCGCAGCGUUGGCUCCUUCGUAGCCCAUAGACUGGCCGCCCCGUCGCAGGCUGUGAAUACCAACGGUUCCAUCAGGAGAACCUGGCCCUCCUCAGGUAGACAGAGCUCAGCCAAACCAAACCCAGAUCCCCCCCCCCCCGCACCUCCUCAGUGGCGAUCCGAGCCGGAGACGGCUAUGGGUCCCACGAACCGACGCCGCGGGUCAAGAGGGGCGACGCCCCGCACCCUUCCUCGCAUCUCUUCACCCGACAACUAUGAUUACUACGAUGUCAGACAGGGUGGCCAAGUAAAACAAGGUUGGGCUUUUUUUUAUCUUUUUUUUUUUUUUUUUCACCACUCCGAACUGAACCAUUUUUCCACCACUCUGAACUGAACCAUUCAAAAAAAACAAAUCAACGUAGCAUAAACACGAAAAAAAUGUGUGCAUAAUACUGACACAUUUACAUGUUCUUCAUAUUUUGCUACUACCAUUGUCCCCCCCACACACACACUGUGUCAAAAGACUCGGACUCUAACUGUAUUGAUCUCACACGCAGAGCGGUGUUGUCGUGGCGUGCACCUGUAUUACCACCGCUCAGCCUCCCGGAGGCUCAUGCUGCCCGCUCGGCUCACAGUAGAACGCUGACUCGGAGGUCCUCCUCUUUUAACGGGUAACAACUUUACUCUUCUCUCCCAGGACUCAGCCCACAUACUCGUCGGCUUCUUCUCUUCAUCAUCCAAAUGGCCUGAUUUUAUUUUUUCUGUUCUUGAAGAGCAAUGCUUGUUUUUUUUAAGAUGGCGGCAGUCUGGGUUUUUUUCCAGUUUUUUCAUCCCGGUCUGGGUUUUUCCACGACUGCAGGGUAUGUUUCCGUGUAGCUCGGGGGUGUGGUCUCUGGGUCCUCGUCGUUUACCGAUGGAGUGGGGUUCCAUCCUGAAGGCCUUGUUGCUUCCAUCUGUGAGGCCGGCAAUGGAAAAUGGAAACGCUCAAGCAAAGUUGGAGCAUGUCAGAGCAUGUCAGAGCAUGAGUUUUGGAUGCAGGGCGGCAUCGUAUGUUUCAAAGUCUUCCAGAUAUCCAGGCGGAAGAGAACAUAUUGGUGUCAAGAUGUGAAGCCAAUGUGCGUGUCGAUUUGAAGCCAGUCUCAGCUGGCAGAGAGGAGUUAUUAAUAGCCAUGCUCCAAUAUUUAUGAUUACAUCCAAAUUCAAUAUCUGCUGUGUCAAAUCUUUUUUUUUUUUCUUCUUCAAGCAUGCUCUGAAGGAUAUUUUGAGUCAAGUUGGUCUGAAGUCAAAAGUGCUUAGCAACUAGUUGGGCUUAAUCCACAGGAGCUAUUCUUGAGUCUUAACAGCGAGAGCUCAUCCGACCCAUCAUGGCACCCCCGUUGUGAUUUGAUCAGUGUUUGGUGGACUUGACUUUGACCCCUGGCUACACUGUGUCUACCUCUUUCCUGUCUCGCCGACAUCCUACUACGCUCAUUCAAAUCAUACUUAUUUCAAACCCCUUACUCUUAUUUUCUACCGACUGUUCCCUCAUGGAAAUAGCUGGAACUUUGAUAUAUGCACAUAUGAUGCUGGUACUGCUGCUCUGCUAAGCUUGAACACUAUAGACAUCCUCCUUGCUCUCAGAUCCGAACAGAAACGGUAACUGGCUUUCACACUCAUCAUAUCGACCGCCCGUGGACGAUUAAUCUCCUUUGCUCCUGCUGCUCUAGGGUGAAAAAGGGACGUGUGUGUGUGUGUGCGUACACGUGGUGGUGUGUGUGUGUGUGUGUGGUGGUGGUGUGGGAUAAUGGUUCCUUUGCCAAGAAUUGAAGCUCCAGAAUUCCUAGAGGCCUAAACCAUUAAGGACACUAAUAGUAGGGAGGUCUUCUUCAUUUUGGCCGAUCAUCUGUCAGGAUUAAAGAAAAGGGAAGAUCAUUAGAUUUGAUUGGUGGUUGUCUGAAUCUGUAAAAGGGAUAAUACACUUCACAUCAGUACUUGUUUCGCUAUGGGAUGGCUGGACAAAUAGGGGGGGAGUUGGUCACAUUGGCAUCCAGUGAUGACACUAUCCAAUGCUACGAGACUACCAAAUGUCAUGUGACCGUCCCCUAAGAGACGAGGGUAGGAGAACCAGUGUGUGUCAGCAGCAGCCCAUCCCUGUAGCAACCCCCCCCUUCGUAGCAGUUCAGUGGUCAGCCCCUCCUCUCCCCCACGGCCGAGCGGACUGCGAAGCCCCUCGCGGUCGUGCCCGCGGGGCUGCUCACCGGAGCGUGCAGGGGAAGAGCCUGGAGGGAGACCCCCGAAAUAGCCACUCCCACCUCCCCCCCACCCCCGUCAGGGUCCCCGAGGCGUCUCGGGCGUCAGGAGCGCGGAGGUCAUCGGGGGCGCUGACCUCUAACAGCAGGAGAGGGAGGAGGAGGGGUCGGGCAGGGGAUGGAUGAAGAUGCGGCCGCUGGUAUGGGACUGCAGACACGAGACGCCGUCAACACUUUUCCAUUACAGAAAUCCCCCCCCCCAUUCAGCAGGA